GCCGCACCAUCUCGCCUUCCGUCUACAUAUGCCAGCAUCCCUCCAUAUCCAUCCACCCUUUCCCUCCUGCUCCUUACUUAUGCACCGGCCCGCCUCAUCGCCGGCGGCAUCGCGAACCCUUACAUCUAGCAACAUUCCCGCCAUCCAUAGUCCCGCCCACCACCAGCAGCCAUCAUGACGAUCAAGGGGUUCGCGACGAUGAUCCUGGUGGACCUGCUUUUGCCGGCCGCGGUAAUCCUCAACAUCUACCUAUACUUCUACCCGGUAUUAUACGCCUGCGCGUUUCCGCGGCCCUCGGCGUCUGUGCCCGCGCCCUUCCGGCUGCUGACGCUGGCCGACCCACAAAUCGAGGGCGACACCACGCUGCGAAAAUACGACCUGCCACCGAACACGCGGUUCUCUCCCGCGCGCGCCGGCACCCUAAUCAGGAAGUACGGUAAGAUGCUGGAUCUCUGGGGGAACGACCUCUACCUCUCGCAUAUAUACCACACCAUGCGACGACACACGUUCCCCACGCACACCACGGUGCUAGGAGAUCUCCUCGGCAGCCAGUGGAUCACUGACGACGAGUUUUGGCGGCGCGCGAAGAGGUUUUGGAGGAUUUUUGGGGGCGUGAGACAGGUGUCGGCGGAGGAGGUGGCGGGGGGGAGCGCGCUCGGCGACGGCUGGGGCGAGGCGCUGAUGCUGCUGCCUGGGAACCACGAUGUGGGCUAUGCGGGCGACAUAUCGAGGCCCAGGCUGGUGCGCUACGAGAAGGCGUUCGGCCCGUACAACUACGUGCUGGCGUUCCGACCGCCGCCAAAGGAGGAUGGGAAUGGGAAUGGGAGUCUCACCGCCGCCGUCGCCGGCGAGGAGCCCGAGCUGAGGAUUGCAGUGCUCAACUCGCUCACCCUCGACACUCCCAUAUGGGAUCAGUCGCUCGCGGACGAGACGUACGACUUCCUGGAGGCGCUGCAGAAUACAAGGCGGAAGGACGGCGGGAAAACGCAGGCCACAGUGCUGCUCACGCACCUCCCGCUGCACAAGCCCGAGCGCAUCUGUGUUGACGGCCCGGAGAUGAAGUACUUUCCGCCGCACUAUGGCGGCGGCAUCAAAAGCCAGAACUUCGUUUCCGAGGAUGUUAGCGACAAGCUCAAGGAGAUGAUAUUUGGAUCGCCGACGGACGAGGAGGCGCAGGGGGGCGGUGGCAGCGAGGGCGUUAUCCUCACGGGACAUGACCAUGAGGGCUGCCAGAGCGUGCAUUUUUGGGAGAAGGAGAAGAACGCGUGGAAUGUGAUGACGUAUAAAAAGUGGAUUGAUGGGCGCCGCGAGGAGGAGAAGAAGAAGGGCGAGCCAAAGACUGUACGAGAAAUCACGGUCAGGAGUAUGAUGGGCGAGUUUGGUGGGAACGCGGGGCUGUUUAGUGCUUGGUUCGAUUAUGAUUUAAAUGAGUGGAAAUUCGAAUACGUCGCCUGCGCGCUCGGGAUCCAGCACGUCUGGUGGACCGUGCAUGUCGUCAACGUCAUCGCCGUGUUGUGGACGUCGAUUCUCGCGCUGUGGUGGGCGCUCGACUUUUUGGUUCCGGUGCCGGUUGCGAAGGCGUCGGAUGAGAAGACGUCAGAUGAGAAGACGUCAGAUGAGAAGAAGAAUCAGUAGUAAAAGAGGAUUGAAUUCAACGUGGAAGUUUUGCAUGAUGAUGGGCGUUGUGGGUCAUUGUACUAUAUAGUAGGUUUGGGUUCGAGGAGUUGUGUAUGUAUAUAUACCCCCGGGGUCGAAGAGUAAACAGGGCUUGUUUAGGAGUAGUUAGCAUCGCGUCGGAUGGAAUGGAAUGGAAUAGGGCGUAAGAGCAUUGGCGAUGGCGAUGGCAUGGGGUGUCGUCGUGGGAUACGUCCUAAAUGGGAUUAGGAAGACGGUGUGAGGUUAUGAGUCCUGGGAUGUAAAUAUCGGGGCUGGGUGUGAAUGGAGCUGGUUUGUUUUUGUGUAUCAGACCUGUCUAAAUCAUGGGUUGUUUAACUGUGUAUCGGCGUUUCCCAAAGAUACACGUAGAGAACCGAGGAAAUAAAGCUUGGAAAAG